CGGUGAAUCGAGGAAAGCGGCGCGCGCGCACCUCGCUCGAUACUCUCGUAUAUAAAUGCGAUUUUCCAUGUAAUAAUGUGAAUAUGAUUAAGUGUGUUCCAUACAAUACGUAAUAUACAAAUUAUGACAUUAAGUUCAAUUUAACUAAAAUGGCGUACAAAAUAGUAUUGACGGUUCUAGUUUUAACUGUAGUGGGAGCGGUGGAAGAAUUUAAAGACUUUGAGUUCCAGAGUGAUCCUGGUGAAAUGAUGAUAGCCCAGGAGUCUAGGUAUUACCAAACGAUAGUCAAACCACCAGUGAAGAUUGUGAAACCCAUAGGAGUUACGAAUUCCCAUAGACCACAAUAUAACCUGGAUUCCAUAGAAGAUGAACCGUUAUUGGAAAACCCGGCGGUAACAACUAAAAGAACGGUAACUUACACACCGUCGUAUAAAUUAAGGUCUAAAGAAGGAAUGAUAAAAGAAGCGGUGUUGAAGGCUUUAGAAAGGAAAGACCAUGUUGGCAAGUUCGCGCAGAUCCUGCCCAUCAUCAGAGCGAUGUCGGGUAACCAAAGGGUGGCUCUGGCUUCCUUAGUGGCCAGCCAAGUUACGACUCCUCCAGGAAGGGCGCCAUUGAACUUGGUCCAGGUGAGAUCGAUGUUUGGCAAUGACGCAAACAUAACGUCAGAUUUAAUGUUACCAAUAUUAUUAGACAUGGCUAAUCUGAUUAGACGCGCUGUCAGUCCGGGCAAGCAGUUGAGAGAAAUCAAACAACCACUGUUACCACAAGCGCAAAUGUUGAGACGCUCUUUCACAGAAGACAUGCUAGACGAAGAAUCGUUCGAAGUAGGAUACGAGGAGGCGACACGCACAACAACUAGACCACCGUUCAUUCAGAGAAUUAGAAACCGCAGGAUCAUACCACAGAGAAGUCAGACAAAAAACACAGCAGACAAUCUUACAGAUAAGACUAACAUAAAAGACACUAAAAUGAUUAGUGAUACAGAAAUUACAAACACAACACUAAAAUCAGACGAUAAAAAUUCUUCAAAGAUAUCAACAUCUACUGAAGCUACCGCUACUGUGAGAAGUAUACUCAACAUAUCGAGAGUUUCUGACAACAGCACACUGGAUCUGGCAGCGGACUCCACCAACCAAACGUUGGCCCAGGAUCUGCCCGUGGCGGAGAAACUUCGAGCUUUGAACAGAUAUACCGAUAGGAAAGGCAGUCUCUUUCGCCGCGGAUCGUACUCCCCAAAACCACCAGUCCGAAGAACCACAGCGGAGCCGACCAUCAGCCCGAUCAGGAGGCGACCGCUACCAGCCAGGAAGCUGCCCACUCCGAGCGAGCAAGCCAAGUGUGAGCUGUUCACUAACUCGCUGUGUCUACAUGCAGACGAUUAUCCGAUGGAUGUAAUCAUACAAACUAUUCGACGCAACAAGGCGGCGGCCGGAGCCCUGCUAGCGGACUACAGGGACCCUGGCGAUGGGGCCCUCGACGGGGUCACGGCUGCACAGGAAGCGAAGUACACUGCUGACCAUUACCUCGUCUCUAAUAGGCGAGGUGAUACAGCCAACCGUGACUUCGCCGGCGCUGGGGAAGCUGGCUUCAUGUGCCCCAGCGUCGUGAAGUAUGCGAGACCGCAACGUGCCCGCGCCACCUCGGGCCAGUGGAAGUACAUCGUCAACACGGGGGAACACACGCAGACCUUGAGGCUUGAGAAGUGCUUGAAACCAAAGGAGUCUUGUACUUACCUCACUGACAAUUUCAAGUCCAAAUGUGUCCAAGUAUAUAAUUAUCACAGACUUUUAACUUGGGAUCAGCAGAAUGGUUUACACAUGGAUAUAUUCAAGGUUCCUACGUGUUGUUCUUGUCACAUAGAAGGUUAUAGUGUGUCUUUCCCUCCACUUGGUCAUCGAGUUCACGAGACCUCCUCAGAACAUUUUCCUGGGGAAGAUCUUUCAUCGGAACAUGGCAAUCAUGCCUUUGAAGCAGUUCAGUCAACCAUUCAUAGGCCAAAUAUCAAAACACAAGGGUUCACACACAGCAAACAAUUAGAAUCCUUCCCGUCAUUUAGUGAAAACCAUGAAUUAUUAGCUGGAAUACCAUUCAGCAAUGCCAAAUUGAACGAUAAUGAUGAAAUUGUUAUUAAUACAGGAAAAAUACCACAAUCUAAUCCCAUGGACUCGUAUGGAAAUACGUACUUCCCAGAUUCCUUUAACCAAGCAAGUUCAAUAAGAAACGUAAAGAGGCCACUGCCCGGACGAACUCCUGUAGGAUCGAAUAAUUUCGUCACAGUUACAUUACCAAGUUACUUAGAACCCCCCACACCAUCUGGACCUUCUUCUUUUAAUUUCAUAAAAGAAACUCCUAAUCAACUUAAAACAACGGGGGGUCAAUUUAAAAGAGGACCAAUUAGACCAAGCCGUUUACCAAUAAGAAAGAAAAUUUCGGGAGGACCUGAUUUAAUAUCAUCGGGUACAUCAUCUGUUGGGUCACUCCCCAAUAGUAAUGCAGAUUCUUUGGAAGAGUUAGAUAAUUCAGAAGAGCCUAAUAUAGUCUCUGUUACUGCGAAUGUUCCUAGAAGGGUUACCAUUGCGCCUAAAUUGCAGGCAGUAACUACAGAAAAGAUUGUUAAAUCAUUUAGACCUCAGGAGCAGAAUAAUGAAGCCAAUGAAAACUUUUCCUCGAGUGGUAAACGAGUAAAUUAUAAUUACCAUCCAAUUAUAGACUUUUUUGGCGCAGAAGAAAAAGAUGAGGCAAAUGAAUCUAUAGACAGAGAAGAUACUGUAUCGAGUUAUGAACCCACUGAAUCAGAAUGGAAACCUAUAAAUCAUCCUCCUUCGAGAAAUUCUCAAUCGUCCAAUGUUAUUGGACGGAAAAAACAUUAAUAGGUCAUUAAGAAAAUUUAUUUAAUAAAAUAUAAUUGAGAUUAUUAAAUUAUCAUACUCAAAAAAUCUAAAUAUGAGUGUGUUUGUAUAUUAAUUUUUCAUUAAGUAAUAAUUUAAUUAAAUAGCCAGCAAAUAUUUAUAACUAUUGUUACACUCGAAACCAAAACGAUUCUUAAAUGUAAUUAAUUAUUAAAUAUUUAAUUUUAUUUAUUGUUAAUUUAUAUAAUAAUAAUAUAGUGAAUUAGCUAGUAGUUUUUGUAAGAAUUGAAAGACUUACCACAGAA